CACGUCACAAAUUAUGAAAACAAUAAUCCUUGUCGUACUUCUACUUGGAGCAUGGGCAUAAGAAAAGACAAACAAAGUUGAAUGCCCUGUCAUUGGUAUUGAUUUAGGUACAACAUAUUCUUGUGUUGGAAUUUAUAAAAAUGGAAAUGUAGAAAUCAUUCCAAACGAAUAAGGAAACAGAAUUACACCUUCAGUUGUAGCAUUUACUGAUGAAGAACGUCUCAUAGGAGAGGCAGCUAAAAACUAGGCAGCCAUCAACCCUGCUAGAACACUUUAUGAUGUCAAAAGAUUGAUUGGAAGAAAGUAAGAAUUUUAUCUUAUUGUAUUAUAGAUAUACAGAUUCAACAGUUCAAUAUGAUAAAAAGUUUAUGCCAUAUGAAAUUGUUGAUAAAGACACUAAACCAUACAUUAAAGUCACUAACAUUAAAGGUCAUUAAUCUAAGAUCUUUGCCCCUGAAGAAAUUUCUGCUAUGGUUUUAACUAAAAUGAAGGAAAUCUCUGAAACAUAUUUAGGAAAGAAAGUUAUUAAUGCAGUUGUCACAGUUCCAGCCUAUUUCAAUGAUGCUUAAAGAUAAGCUACUAAAGAUGCAGGAACUAUUUCAGGAUUGAAUGUUGUUAGAAUUCUUAAUGAACCAACAGCAGCAGCCAUAGCUUAUGGUCUUGAUAAGAAAGAUGGAGAAAAGAAUAUCUUAGUCUUUGAUUUAGGAGGUGGUACUUUUGAUGUUUCAAUCUUAACUAUUGAUAAUGGUGUCUUUGAAGUUGUUGCUACAUCAGGAGAUACUCAUUUGGGAGGAGAAGAUUUUGAUUAAAGAAUUAUUGAUCAUUUCAUUAAGGUCAUUAAGAAGAAACAUAAUAAAGAUAUCAGUGCUGAUAAAAGAGCUAUUCAAAAAUUAAAGAGAGAAGUUGAAAAAUCUAAGAGAGCACUCUCUGCUACUCAUGAAACUAAAAUCGAAAUUGAAGAUUUAGUUGAUGGUUUAGAUUUUAAUGAAGUACUCACUAGAGCUAAAUUUGAAGAAUUGAACAAUGAUCUCUUUAAAAAGACAACUGGUCCUAUGUAAACUGCUUUGGAAGACUCUAAAUUCAAAAAGACUGAAAUUCAUGAAAUCGUUUUGGUUGGAGGAUCAAGCAGAAUUCCAAAAAUUAGAUAAAUUGUUAAAGAUUUCUUUAAUGGAAAGGAAGCUAACACUGGUAUCAAUCCAGAUGAAGCUGUUUGUUAUGGUGCUGCCAUCUAAGGUGGUAUUAUUUGUGGUGAAGAAUCUAAUGAAACCAAAGGUUUANGGAAAAGACAAACAAAGUUGAAUGCCCUGUCAUUGGUAUUGAUUUAGGUACAACAUAUUCUUGUGUUGGAAUUUAUAAAAAUGGAAAUGUAGAAAUCAUUCCAAACGAAUAAGGAAACAGAAUUACACCUUCAGUUGUAGCAUUUACUGAUGAAGAACGUCUCAUAGGAGAGGCAGCUAAAAACUAGGCAGCCAUCAACCCUGCUAGAACACUUUAUGAUGUCAAAAGAUUGAUU